UAGUUCUAAAAUCCCUAUUGAAAAAUGAAUGGUGGAAAAACUAUUGGAACCAUGUCCGGGUUUUACCGCUAGUUUAUUGUGUAUUAUGACUCAUACUGUGGUACUCAAUUGACUCCUUGAAGGACAGCUCAUCUCUCCUUGUCCCAGAAUCGGCCAGGAUGCAUCGUGCGGCCCAUUAACGACACAUGGGCGAAGCACACAAUUGGCGUUAAUACGAUGCCAAUGGAGUUUCCCCAUCAGCUCAACAUUAUAUCCGGGGGCGCCUCUAUGUUUAGAAACUCUGUGCUUUGGCCUGUUUCUGCGGAUGAGAGUUUAAUUUCCCUGCCAGAAAACAGGUGAUACCGUAAAGUGUUGUGUAUUCGCGCACAAAUCCGGGGUGUACGGUCCAAACAUGCACUCAAUUGACUGUAGCGUAUUUAAAGCACCCACAAGUUACCGGUGGCUGAAAAUACAAACAUCGCGGGAUGAACGAGUGUCGAAUUUCCGGUCAAGGUAAACAUCACUUUCAUCUGAAUGGAAUUCCUCAAGGAACGCAAGGUCUUCAGGUCAAUAACCAACCAUGAGUUAGAAGACUUAGGCUAUGUGAUGUUUAAAAAAUAAGAAGAUAUGAAACAUUUCCUUCUGACUAUUUAUUUGAUGGUGCAGUGUGGCUAUGCCCUGUGCUCCCUCCCUGCUCCAGUCAAUGUUUCCAUAGAGUCCCUCAACUUCCACCAUGUUCUACGCUGGAGCGCCGGUCCAGGUACACCUCCUGGGACCGUGUACAAGAUCAUCCGCAGAGGAAACCACAGGCAGCAAGUUCCACAUCAAACCAACGUGACAAGUCAUAGGCUGGAUCUAAAGUUCCCCAAAGAAGAGUAUACAUUCUGUGUUUCGGCCUUCCACAACCUCUCAGAGUCACCCGUGGUCGAGACCACCUUCACCCCCUUCACACAGACUGUUAUUGGCUCUCCAAUAUUGUCUUUGGAUGGAUGUGGCAACUGCCUGGAAAUCAACAUCACACUGCUUGAGAUAGAAACUAUUAAAAAGGUCUAUGGGAAAUCAUUAUCUUUUGACAUCUACUGGAAGAGAGCAGGAGAGACAAAGCCCCAAAUGACCCAAACAACUCAUUUAGCUUACAUGCUGGAGAACUUGGAGGUGGGUAUGGUGUACUGUGUGAGGGUGUACACAAGGAUCAUCACCAACCUCAACACACGGUCCUCUGGGUGGAAAUGUGCUUACACCAGUGUUCUGGAGCCCAACAGAGUCCCUGCUGUGGUAGCUGGAGUGUCUGUUGUCCUCAUUGUGAGUGGGGUAGGUCUGAUGGUUCUCACGUUUGGCCUGCUCUACACGGGGUUCCUGUGCAAGCUGAAGACUCAUCAACCCAGAGGACUGACUGCCCUGGUGGAGGGCCACUUCCUCAUCCCAGAGCGGACGAUCCCUGACUUGGUCUCUAUAUCUUCUGCGACAGAGGAACAAGGGAAGGCCCGCAGAUCAAAAACACACCAUGACAGAGAGAACUCUAACCAAGCAGGGGAGGAGGAGGAUGAUGAAGAGGAAGAGGGGGGAAACAACGGCUACAUGGACCGCGCUGCGGGGCUCUCCUCUGACAGCAGCUCCAGCACCACACAGUCCCAGGAUGCAUCAGGGACCAACAUAGCCCUCCUUGACACAGCAGGGCAUUCUAUGGGAUUGAGUUCUGAGGUAGCUGCUGCUGAGGAGGAAAGGGAAGCCCCUGUGGGUGUGAUGGUGCUAGGAUGUCAGGCUCAGGGAGAGGUCACAGGUGAACAGGCGAGGGUCAUUUCCAGCUUUGACGGAGACCGACCCAGACCUUUGGGACUUGGAGGGUUGGGUGGAGAGGAGGAGGAGGAGGAGGAGGAGGAGGAGGAGGAGAAACAAAGAGAGGUGAAGGAGACCUCUGGUAAUGUCGAUCUGUUCUCUGUGACUCUGGGGGCAUUGAGGAGGGAAGAGGAGGGCGAGUGUGAAGCGGAGACAGACUUUCUGUUAGAAUUUUCGAAACAGGAGCAGAAGCCUCAACUUCCCAUCGACUCCUUACAGAGGAACUUACGACCGGGCAGCAUGAGAUCUCAGAGUGAGAUACAGGAGGAUACAGGCCUAGUACUGACACUGCCAAAGACAGUCUGCACAUGGAUAUACUCUGAAUAUUCAAAUAGACAUGCUGACAGCAGCACAGAGACACACUCUGGCUACCUUGUAACGCACACAGGCACUGUGCAGGCUGACAAUGAGACAGAAGAGGAAGAGGAAGACUUCUCAGGGUACAUGGGACAUUGAUUAUUGUGUGUGUGGCUCUGUGUAAUAGUGUUCCUUAGCCGAUAACUGCACAGAUAUUCCACUUGGUUGGAUAUCCUGUCUCACAUAGGCCUACAUUCCUUCCCAAUUAUUGCCUUCUGUUGAGGAUGUGAAUGUGUAUGUAAAAUAAUAAUUUCCAUAAAAUGCCAUGCACUUG